AUGAAUCAUCCGCGCACCUUCAGAAUAUUCAACCAGCGGUUUGGGCUGCAGAAGCAUCAGACCGCUAUGGUCUUCAGCGCUUUCGACGUAGACGGCGACAACACGAUCAGCCUGAAGGAGUUCCUGGAGACCUGCUCCUUCCUGAUGCAGGUCGUCAAGGACGGCCAGGUCAUCACGAACUGGCGCCAGAAGGAGCUGCGGACCCUGAAGGAAACCUGGCCGAAUCAGCCUCAGCCCGUGGGCAGCAUCAGGCACAACGCCUCCGAGCCGAGCCUCGCCACGGCGGUGAUGGCACCGGCCUGGGGCGGCACGGGAAGGGGCGCUCCGAGCGCCGCCCCGUCGAGCUCGCGGGCGCAGCUCCACGGCGCCAGGUAG